AUGAUCGGAUUUCAUUAUAUGCUCUUUUGCGUUUUCCUUCCCUCCUCAUCAUCAUUUCCUCCUCCUUCUUCAACUCAACCAGAUCUAACGGCAAAAACUAACGACGACGUGGGGAACUCUACACAAGACCCUGCAGAUGGCAGUAAUGAUCACGUUGAUGCGCCUGCGAACGGCGAUGGAAAAGACAUCGAGGAUGAAGAAGAUGACUACUACGGUGAAGAAAGCAUCGUCGCAUACCUCAAUGCCCUUAACCAUAUGAUUGUGAGUUCACCUCGUGGCGCCAUUAUCGACUCUGACUAA